AUGAGUUCCACAAAAGGUGGUCGAAGAAGGAGAUCUAGCAGCAUCAUCUAUCAAGAACCACCGGAAUCUCUGGAGCAGAUCAGUGACCAAGAAGCACUUCCCAACCUGAAUUCACAAUGGGUCAACGCCAAAGGUGCCUGGACGAUACACCCUGUCCUCAUACUUGGACUAAAGAUCCUUUUUGAUAUCAUCCCCGGAGUAACCCAGGAGAUCUCUUGGACCCUAACCAACAUCACUUAUAUGGCCGGCUCCUACCUCAUGUUCCAUUAUGUGCGAGGGGUUCCAUUCGAGUUCAAUGCUGGAGCCUACGACAAUCUGAAUAUGUGGGAACAGAUCGACAAUGGCGACCAGUAUACCCCGGCAAAGAAAUUCCUCCUCACCGUCCCCAUUGUACUGUUUCUCUUAAGUACUCACUAUACCCACUACGACCUGACGUAUUUCAUUGUCAACUUUAUGGCCUUGAUGGCCGUUGUGAUACCCAAACUUCCUCAAUUUCAUCGGGUUAGGAUUGGCCUUUUCUCGGAUCCUCCGGACGACUAG